CUGCGGCUCUAACUCGCGUUAAAGCAGCUGCAGUUUGAUCCCCGGCGGUAAACAUGGCGGCCUCCGUGAGGAGAGCAGCCCACGACAUAGAGACGCGAAAGCGGACAGAUGAUGUGCUUCUGUCGGAGGGGAUCGACUUCAACUCCCUGCUGCUGUCUCAGCCCGUGCUCGAGGGACUGUCAGCCGCAGGCUUUCAGAAACCCUCCCCGAUCCAGCUCAAGGCGAUCCCGCUAGGCCGCUGCGGACUUGAUUUGAUUGUGCAAGCUAAGUCUGGAACGGGGAAGACGUGCGUGUUCUGCACCAUCGCCCUUGACUCUCUGGUCCUGGAGAAUCCUGCAACUCAGGUUCUUGUCCUGGCUCCUACACGUGAGAUAGCAGUGCAGAUCCACUCAGUAGUCAUGGCCAUAGGCUGUGCCAUGGAGGGCCUCGAGUGCCAUGUUUUCAUCGGCGGCCGGCCCGUUAGUCAGGACAAACUCCAUCUGAAGAAGUGCCAUGUAGCUGUCGGCUCACCUGGUCGUAUCAAGCAGCUUAUCGAGCUGGGCAUGUUGUCCACCGCCAGCAUCAGACUGUUUGUUCUGGAUGAGGCAGACAAGCUGCUGGAGGAGGGCAGCUUCCAGGAACAGAUCAACUGGAUCUUUUCCUCGCUGCCUGUGAACAAACAGAUGCUCGCACUCUCAGCCACCUACCCAGAAUCCCUUGCUCAGCACCUUACCCGCUACAUGAGAGAGCCCACAUUUGUCAGACUCAAUCCCAGUGACAUGGGCCUUAAAGGCCUGAAGCAGUAUUACAAGCUGGUGCAGUCCCAUCCUUUAGCUCACAGGGUGUUCGAGGAGAAGGUGCAGCAUUUGCUGGAGCUUUUCAGUAAAAUCCCGUUCAACCAGGCCCUUGUGUUUUCCAACCUACAUACAAGGGCUCAGCACCUGGCAGACAUCCUGUCCUCCAAAGGCUUACCUGCUGUUUGCAUCUCAGGCGGUCUGAGUCAGGAUCAGAGACUGGAGGCGAUGUCUAAACUGAAGCAGUACCAAUGCAGGGUGCUCAUUUCAACAGACUUGACUGCCAGAGGUAUUGAUGCUGACAAAGUGAACUUGGUGAUAAAUCUCGACGUGCCACAGGACUGGGAGACGUAUAUGCACCGAAUUGGAAGGGCAGGACGCUUUGGCACUCGGGGGCUGGCUGUGACCUACUGUUGCCAUGGUGAGGAGGAGAACAAGAUGAUGGCAAUCGCUCAAAAGUGCUCCCUGAGCUUGUCCGUGUUGCCAUCCGUCAUAGAGCCUGGGUUGAUGGACGAGCCCUGCGACUGGGAUGUCUGCACUGAGGCUUCCACUCCUGCACUCCUAUCCCAGCUCUCCUCCAAGACAGAGAAGAAGAGGCGUGCUAAGUCAGUCCCGAAUCAAGCUCCAGAGUACAAGAGUCAAAUAAAGCAAGAGAAAACCCAUCCAGAACCCAGGCAGGGAGCACACCAUGAAGGGAAUCAGAGAAAAGUGUCUCAUGCAAAGGCUGCUCGUCCACCGAGUCCCCCACAGGCGGCGCCCACUCGGAAAGAGUUACAAGACGCCCUGCCAAAGAUCCCUCCUCUCAGCUCGUUCAAGAGUUGUAGGUCGAGGUUUAUGACCUUUGAGGAGGCUGAGAGGGACUUCCAGAGUUUUAUUACCACAGGGUUGGGGAGAUCAGUGGAGAUCAUCAGGGAGUUCAGAGGUCGAGAGGACGAUGGCACAGAUGAGCAGAACUGGCAAAAAGAGUCUGUCACACUUUAUGACGACGGAGCUCAGACUUUAAAACAACGUGGGAAACGAAUGAAAUCUGACAUUUCACGUCCAAGGUCAAGUUCUUCAAGCUCACAAUCUGACAAGGACCGCGGUGAAUACAGAGCAGUCACGAAGCCUCAGACUGAGGCUAGACAAACACAAACUGUGUCGAGACGAAAGGCAGAGACCAUCAAUUUCAAAGCUUGUACUCCUUCUGCACCUCAGAUAUAUCCCCAGACACCACGUGCAUCAAAUGGGGGAGCUUUGUCUCAGCCCAAGAACUAUGAAUCUGUACCGGUUGUUAAAUCGAGCAGGGAACUCAAUCAGACGACUCCAGCACAGACUGGCAGAAAUGAAUCAAGAGAGAUUACAGAAAAGAUUGGGAAACGGAGCGGAAAGAUUUCAAAGGCGACGAACAGAGAGCAAAAAGGGAGGGAAAGAGAUGAAGAAGAACACGGCGACGAUGAUGACGAAGAGGAGGAGUAUGAAGGAGAGGAGGAGUGGAGUGCUGAAACCUACUGGAGAGCCAGCUACAGAGCCUGGAAUGAUUACUAUGCCUCCAUGUCUCCUUUUAAAGAGCAUGGUUAUCAAAACUACUACAGUGUAGCCCACAACUGGAUGGCAGCUUAUCGCAUGAACGCCGUCUACAUGGAAGAACUGCUAAAACACUGAACUCCGUACUGUUAAUCGGGAUGUCCAAUCAUGCCACUUGUGUCUGGACUUUGGUAUAAACGUCUGCACUUCUGGUCUAACAAAUCGCACUUAAAUGUUUCGAGUGUGUAGUUGCAAUGAACUCAUAAUUGACUGUGUGUAGUAGUUACUUUUCUAAUAAAGUACCAGUGUAAAGCAUC